UACACAUUACAUGCAGGAAUGGAUGAUGAUGGACCAGAUGAAGUAUUUGCUGAGCUCAAGACCAGGAACCUGGGACUAUGGGGUGUGGCUCAGAUAGCUGCUGGCACUGGGCUUGCUGUAUAUGCCAUGUGGGUGGGAAUCCUCCAGCCAGGCUUCCGUAAAGUUCCCUUGAGGCUCCAGGUCCCGUAUAUUCCUGCCAGCAAAGCUCAAGUAGAUCAUGUCCUGACAUUGCUGAGAGGUCGAAGGGGAGGCCUUGUGGAUUUGGGAUCUGGUGAUGGCCGCAUUGUCUUGGAAGCCCAUCGGCAGGGUUUCACUCCUGCUGUCGGUUAUGAGCUCAACCCAUGGCUUAUUCGCCUUUCACGCUUUCAUGCGUGGAGAGCUGGCCAUCAUGAAAAAGUGUCGUACCGACGGGAAGAUCUCUGGAAGGUCGACUUGACAGAAUGCAAGAAUGUCACAGUAUUUUUGGCUCCUAGCGUGCUUUCACUCUUGCAGCAGAAGCUGCAGGCUGAGCUUCCUGAUGAUGCUUUAGUGGUAGCUGGUCGUUUCCCCUUCCCUGACUGGACACCCUGCAGGGUUGAGGGACAUGGUGUGGACAGAGCCUGGGCAUAUAGCAUGCAAACACUAAGACAGAACUUCAAGAACAAGGACAAGCUCACAGUCACAGAUAGCGACCUCAAGAAUUAACUAACCAAAGGGACAGAAUCCACUUAAAGCUACAUGGAUGUUCCCUAGUUUUUUACUAUUUAUUCGCUGCUUAUAAGAUGUAAACACUCUUACUGGAUUCUGAAGAUUUUUAAGCUACCUUGACUAUUUUAAUACAUUUUAACUACAUCUACAAGCAGAUGUUUUUGCAAAAACUUCUUGUUGACUUCAUCAUCAUCACUGACAUGACAGACCGGAUGUGUGAAGUGCUCCGUUUUACUGUUUGGUGAAGGAUUAUUUGAACACUACAUUUAAACCAGAAAUUCCAGAGCAGGUGAGCAUUGAAGAAAAAACCUGCCUGGGUGGAAUAAGCUUCAAAAAUGUUUGGAAUAAGCUUAAAAUGUUGUAAAUGUUGCAGUUAAGUUCAGCAAAUGCCACAUAACUGAAGGUUAUUUAUGUUUUUAAGUGUUUAUUGCUUUUUUGGUCAUUAUUAUUUUAAUCAUAUUACUUAAUUAUUAUUAUACGGGCCUAUGUGUAGUCAGAUACCUUGAAGGAAAAUUUUGGAUUUCAUUGUGCAACUAGUUUUAUGCUUCUUAUUUAAUUGUUAAAGGUCCUGAGUGUUGUGAAAAUGCAUUCACAUGUGAAUGUUUAAGGUGAAGUGUGUAUUUUUCCCCCAAUCUUACAAACCGAUUGUAACACUUGUAUAAGCCCCAUGGGGUGAUGGUGUAUAGUACACCCCUUGAUGGUAAAACAUACCAUCUGUAUACACACAUAUGUACAUGCAUGCUGGUUUAUGUAUGAAGGAUAAACUAUGUAUGAAGGAUAAAUCCCCCUUUCU